AUGUCCGACAGUUAUAGACAGACGACGGAGAGCAACGAUGCUAACUUUCUGCUGGGAGACAUCGCUCAUGCUGGCUCGAAGCGUGUCGCUCCUCACGAUGCUUAUGCGCCGCAGCAAGACUUCAGCUCGCUGAAGACAAUCUCGCACAAGCGUCGUCGCGUCGAAUGCCCUCUCCUCCUCGACUUAGUCCCCCGUACUUCGGGCUACUGCACGCCUGCUCUAGCGAGGUUUCGUAUGCUCCCUCAUCCUUUGGUGAAGGGAAAGGAGGGCCCGAGUUCCUGCUUCCAGCGUGAACUAGAACAUCGCACCCUCGUAUACCAAGCUACGCCGCGCCUCCAGCCGCUUUGGGAGCUAGGCUCCGUAAGCGAAUUUAGUAAAUGCUACAUCGACAUACUGGAGAUACACUUUCGCGCGUACGAGCACGGUAUCCUGCGUCGCGAUAUGAGCGAGGAGACCGCCUUGGUGCACAAGUCCGACGGACUGGCCGUCGGAUGCCUGGUCGAUUGGGACCUUACCUGCGCCCAAGACAAUCCAGCCGACGGCGAGGCACUUCGUCGAGGGACCGGUCCCUUCGUAGCCAUCGACCUACAAUACGUCGGGUCGAACGGGAAGCUACAGCCGCAGCACCGCUACUACCACGACCUUGAAUCGCUCUUCUGGGUGCUUGCGUGGGCGCUGAUGCAUUUCGACAUCCCCAACGGGCGCCGCCUCGACUGCUACUGCCUAGCUGGGGAAAGGGAACAUGGUCAGAAGCGGCCCUCUUCAAGUCGUGCUUCAUUCACGGGGAUUGCCAUACUAUGGGGGACUACCUUCGCGGGGUUCUCCCGCCUUACAAGGACCUGGCACUCGAUUGGGUUAUACCACUGA